AUGGACGAGAAAUCUAAAGCGAACCGACAACCUGAUGAUAUUCACGUCGUCGAUGCAUCAUCGCAAUCCGAGGUCAACCCUAUAGACCAUGGCAUGUUCCGCGACACCUCGCUAAACAACCAUACAACGAAGACACAUCCUCAACCGACCUCGGACCCAUUGGAUCCUUUGAAUUGGUCUCGGUUUCAGAAGAAUGUAGUGUUGAGCAUUGUGAUGUUCAAAUAUUUCUUAUUCACUUACAUAACAACAACAACAGUGCCUUCGUUUGCCGAAAUCCAGGACCAGUUUAAUAUCUCUUAUUCUCAGGUGAAUUGGACUGUGGCUAUCCCCGCUCUGGGCCUUGCCGUUGGCCCGCUCUUUUGGUCCUCCUUCAGUGAUAUUUAUGGCCGUCGCUCUAUCUUCAUAGUUGGCACUAUUAUAUCAUUGGUUUCCACAAUAGGGGUUGCUGUGGCGGACACCUAUGGAGGUUAUAUGGCUGGACGCUUUUUUCAAGGGUUCGGCGUUAGUCCUGCAUCAACCGUAGGAAUGGCCGUCGUCAAUGAUAUGUUCUUUGACUUUGAGCGUGGCCAGAAACUUGGUCUGUGGGUUCUAGCAAUCGACUCGGGCCUUCUCCUCGGACCAACUUUUGGUGGUUUCCUUGACGUAGUUAGCGCAGCUUGGAUUGACUGGUUCAAUUGCAUUCUGUUUGCAGCGCUACUGGUAUUGGAAUUGUUUUUCAUGCCUGAGACAUUAUAUCCUCGCAGCCUCAUGCUCCAGAAAAUGCCAAAGGAGGAUUCUUUUUCAAAUGACAUUGAAAAACGUCCUAGAAAGUCAGCCCAAAAGCAAGAAACACCCACAGAGAUGUUCAAAGACCUGAAACGCACAAAAACGCUUCUUUUCAUCAACUACCAUCCUAUCCCCGGAAUCUGCCAUCCGAAACCUUGGGACUCCGUAACUCGGUUCUUCAUCACCUUUCGAUAUCCUGUUGUUGCAAUUUCUAUUUUAGGUUACUGCUUCCUCUGGUAUUGGUGGGUGUUAUCGGUGAUCACAAUGGUGCCCGCUGCCUAUGCAAACUACUCGCCCCUGAUUCAAGGAUUGCUAUUCCUGGGCUUGUUUUUAGGGACUUUAUUUUCGGAAAUCUUCUUUUCUGGUACUUUGAGCGAUUAUAUCGUUGCAAGACUAGCAAAGAAGAAUGGUGGCGUACGCACUGCUGAGAUGAGAUUGUGGCUAGCUUACCCUGCUAUUGUUUUGACGGCAGUUGGAUUGAUUGUUUGGGGCAUCAGCAUCGACAAAGGCUAUCAUUGGAUGGUAGGACAGGUGGCGCUCUUCCUGUUCGCUGCCGGUAUACAAAUUGGAAAUACCGUGACAAGUAGUUACAUUGUCGACAGUUAUCCCCUGCAGUCUAUGAGUGUGGUCACUUUUUAUGCCGUCUUUCUCAACUUGAGCGCAUUCAUUGACCCGUUUUUCAUUGCAACUUGGCAAAGUAAAUCUGGAUGGACAUGGUGCUUUACAGCGCAAGCCUUGAUCACUCUGAUUGGCGGCACUGUGGUCUUCGCCUCAUUGCAGAGAUUUGGAGGAAAGAUGCGCGAGAAAACACCGCAACCAUCUUGGGUGAAUCCAGAGUUUGACUCCGGCUUACAGUCCGUUGAUUUUAUCGACUCGUCUGACCCGUAG